UCACUGCUUUUCCUCUUAUUUAUCACAGGCAGAAAAAAUCAGUUUUUCGUCUUAACUUUUUUGAGAUAUCAGAUCAAAUCGGGCUAAUCAUAAAAAAGAUGCCGAAUCUCGAGACCUUUCGAAUGAUAUGUAUGAGAAUUAUUCGGAUUGGUCGAAAAUAAAGAAAGUUAUGGCCAUGUACUGAAUCGUCCUUUUCCGCAAAAAUAGAAUUCGUUUUGACUAAUUUUAAGCUUUAUAUUUUUGUUUUUCCAUUGUUUGUGUUUUAUUUAAUUUAGGUUAUUUUGACUAAAAAUUCGAAAAAUAAAUUAUGGACUAUAAUACAGUUAUUGCUAGUCAACCAGUAGUUAUUGACAAUGGUUCGGGCAUUUUAAAAGCUGGUUUUGCUGGUGAGAAUGCACCAAAAUGUAUUUUUGGUAAUUAUGUUGGGAGGCCAAAACAUACAAGAGUUAUGGCUGGAGCUUUGGAAGGCGACUGUUUUAUUGGACCAAAGGCUCAAGAAUAUAGAGGACUUCUUGCUUUAAAAUACCCAAUGGAGCAUGGAAUUGUGACAGAUUGGAGUGAUAUGGAAAAAAUCUGGCAAUAUAUUUAUUCAAGUGAUCAGCUUAGGACAGAACCUAAUGAACAUCCAAUUUUGUUAACUGAAGCACCAUUAAAUCCUCAAACUAACAGGGAAAAAGCUGCAGAAAUCUUAUUUGAGACUUUUAAUGUUCCUGCUCUUUAUAUACAAAUUCAGGCAGUUCUCAGCCUUUACUCUUCCGGCAGAACAACUGGCGUAGUUCUCGAUUCUGGCGAUGGAGUUACCCAUGUUGUGCCAAUAUUUGAAGGAUUUGCUAUUGAACAUGGUAUUCAACGUAUUGAUAUUGCCGGCCGUGAUGUGACACGCUAUCUCAGAUUAUUAUUGCGGAAAGAAGGUCAUAUAUUCAGCAAAACCAGCGAAUUUGAAAUUGUGAGGGAAAUUAAAGAACAAAAAUGUAAACUUUAUUCAACUCCGCUUAAAGAAGAUUCUGUCGCUGGUGAAACAACGAAGGUCAUUUAUCCACUCCCAGAUGGCUCAAAAAUAGAGAUUGGUGCAGCACAUUAUAGGGCACCAGAGAUCCUUUUUCGACCAGAAUUGAUUGGAGAGGAAUGCGAUGGAGUGGCACAUUGUCUUUCUAAUGCUAUUUUUAAAUGCGACGUUGAUUUGCGCAAAAAAUUGUAUGAAAAUAUUGUUCUAAGUGGUGGAUCUACAAUGUUUCAAGGAUUUGGGGAUCGAUUACUUACUGAAAUGCGAAGACUUGGCCCAAAAGACGCAAAAAUUCGUAUUUUAGCUCCACAGGAGCGUAUUUAUUCAACUUGGAUUGGCGGUUCUAUCCUAGCUUCAUUGGACACUUUCCGUAAAAUUUGGGUUACAAAGCAACAAUUUGAUUCAAUUGGGAAAGGAAUUAUUGCAAGAAAAACGUUUUAA